AUGCCAACCCACAGCAAUUCACGCCAAGACAGUUUUGCGGACUCAACUACAAGACGUAAGCGUUGCACAAAAUAUGGGGAACAAUCGUGGACUAGUGAGAUUUCUGUUCACAGUGAUGACGAUGACGAAACUUUAAAAAUUAAGGAAGAAAUAAUCGAAGUUGAAUAUGACUAUGACGAAACUUUGGAAACCAAAGAUGAAGUUAUCCAAGAUCUAGAAACGGAAGAAGUUAUAGACCGAAGUUUCAAUACAAAUUAUGAAUCAAACGUAUGCACUGGUGAAAUUUCCUUUCACAGUGAUUCUCAAACCAAGGUUUUACUUGAAUAUGACAAUGACGAAACUUUGGAAAUUAAGGAUGAAGUCAUCCAAGAUCUAGAUACAGAAGAAAUUCUAAGCCGAAGUUUUAAUACAAAAUAUGAGUCAAAAAAAUGGACAGUAGAUACAAAAAAGGAUAUGGUCGCUGAUAACAUGAAGCAGCCGCGACAAAAGAAGCAGCCGAGACCAAAGAAGCAGCGAAUACAGAAUUUAGAAAAGGAAAAUAAGUACAAAUGCGAAAAGUGUGCGCGAAGCUAUAAAGAUAAAAAGCAUUUGACUUUUCAUCGAAAAUAUGAAUGCGACGUAACGCCACAGUUCCCAUGUAACUUCUGCGGUAAACUAUUUAAAAGGAAAAGUCACAUGAAGACCCACGUGGGUGUUAUGCAUUUGAAAUCAAACUUAGAAGCAUCUAAACAGAAGUAUAAUUGUAACUUUUGUGCAGGGAGUUACUCUUCCGUACAUACUUUAUAUUCACAUAAGCGUGUAGUACACGCGGGAGUCAGACGACAAUACAUUUGCCAUUAUUGUGGCCACAAAGUGAGCAAAAAAAUUCGCUUGGUAACCCACAUUAAUUUUCGCCAUCUCAACCAAUUAAGUACGCCAAGCCUUAGUCCCUAGGUCUUUAGGCCAUUAUUUUUCAUAUUAGAGAAAACAGAUUCAGGCCCAAAUCAAAAAAAUAUAUUGAGAGUUACAAAUCCUCAAUUACUUUAUGCAAACGUAAACUUUUGGAACACACAGUAGUUAAGCCAUAAUGUAUUUGCGUUAUUUGUCGUCAUACAGCUAAAGAACAAGUUUUUUUGUCAACAGAUAUUAGUCCCGGGACUGGAUAUG